AUGCACGAUUCCAGAAAACCCGCGGAUGAGUACGAUGUGGUCGUGGUUGGGGGCGGAUUUGGUGGUGUCUAUUCCCUUCAUCACAUGCGGGAUCUCGGUUUUGCAACGCACAUGUACGAAGCCGGGACCGGGCUUGGAGGAAUAUGGCAUUGGAACUGCUAUCCAGGGGCGCGUGUGGACACUGAGACCCCAGUAUACCAGCUGUAUGCGCCAGAGCUGUAUAAAGAAUGGCAAUGGAAAGAAAGGUAUUCUGGCAGAGAUGAGAUGGUGAAAUACUUCAACCACAUUGCCGACACUUGGAAGUUGUGGAAAGAUAUUACUUUCCAAGCAAGAGUGACGCGCGCGUAUUGGGACCAGGACAAGAGUCGGUGGGAUCUGAGGAUCGAACAUCGCUUGGAUGCGGAGAACACUGGAACAAUUGUGAGCACAACGCAUUGCAAGUAUGUUAUCUUCUGCACAGGGUUCGCUUCAAAGCAUUACGUUCCGCCAUUUGCUGGUAUGGAUUCUUUUAAAGGAGUAAUGUGCCAUACCGCAUUAUGGUCAGAAGACAUCGAGCUCGAAGGCAAGCGUGUCGCCGUAAUCGGUACAGGAGCCAGUGGUGUACAGGUCGUAUCAGAAGUCUCGCCGAUUGCCAAACAGCUUACCCUCUUCCAAAGAACUCCCAAUAUGGCUCUUCCCAUGGGACAGUGCAUCAGAGAUGAGGAAUGGAACAAACUCUCGAAGCAACAGUACGCCGAACAAGUAGAAAAGAUGAAGACUACAUACUGUGGAUUCCUGUACGACUUCGAUCCACGCAAAACAUUCGAUGUGACAGAAGAGGAACGACAUGCGCUGUACGAAGAGCUCUUCAAUAAAGGCGGAGUCUACUUCUGGCUGGGAACUUUCACUGACACGCUGAAGAGUAAGAAAGCCAACGAUCUUGCGUAUCAGUUCUGGCGGGAGAAGACUAUCGCCAGAUUGCGAAAACCCGAGAUGAUAGCGAAGUUGGCUCCCGAAGUUGCUCCGCAUGCAUUCGGCACAAAGAGAAUCAGCCUUGAACAGAAUUACUUCGAGCAGUUCAAUCGCGAUAGUGUAUCUCUCGUCGACCUCAACGUCGAUCCCAUCGAAACUUUCACUGAGAAUGGUAUCAAAACCAGAAGCGGUAACGAACAGUUCUUCGACGUCAUUGUCCUUGCCACUGGGUUUGAUUCCGUAACAGGUGGCCUGACUCAGAUUGACAUUCGAGGUACAAACACCUGCAUAAAAGACAAAUGGGAGAAAGGUGUGUGGACGCAUCUUGGUAUGAUGUCAGCGGGUUUCCCGAACAUGUUCUUCGUAUACGGUCCUCAGGCACCGACGGCCUUUGCGACUGGGCCACAGUGUGCCGAAACGCAGGGCAGGUGGAUCGGCGAAACCUUAUCAUUUAUGCGAGAGAAUGGCAUAAGAUCACUUGAGCCCACAGUGGAAGCCGAGACUGUGUGGAAGGAACAUGUCAACGAAGGAGCGGAGGAAGGCCUCUUCAAGGACACAAAGAGCUGGUAUUUCGGUGACAAUAUCCCAGGCAAGGCCAGAGAGUCUUUGAACUACAUGGGAGGUAUGCCAUUGUACAGGAAGAAGUGCGCGGAAGCGCAAGAGAAUGGUUACAGGAAUCAGUUCGUUUUGGCGUGCGAAAAAGAGUCUCGAUCAGACGACUCUCGGCGUGACAGUAUGCACGAGAAGGAUAUCUCCAGAUAGGCAUGCAAUUCGACAGUAUAAAUUCCGACGGACAAGGGACGUGUUCUGAAUCUCCAC